UACAACAAUGGCAAGCCAACUCUGUUCACAGUAAUUAGUGUAAAAAUUUUAUUCACAAUUCGCAGCGUAAAAAUGACUCCAGUAACACGAGGUGCAAGAUAAAUGAGAUAUUUAUUUAAAAGUGGUGUCGUCGCCGGUAAGGCCCAUGUUAUCGCAACAGCGGCGAUGCGAGCGACUCGUAUGCACGCAUAGCGCGCGACACCUACCUGAAUUUUAUAGCUCAAGAUUUUGGACACAUUCGGAAAGUCACAGCCCACUGGGCGGACACGGGGACGAAAAAUAAAAAAUGAACGCGAGCACUGAAAAAAUAUACAGCGUCUCAGAACUGACCAACUCGAAAAUGCUGCUGACGAAAAACAUCAAGAAAGGAACAUGGAUGGAGAAAUCGAAAAGUAUAUUGAAAGGUCUGAAAUGCUUCUUUCGCGAAACAACCGUGGAGCCGUGCUUGUUUGUUUACAUGCUGUGCACUUCACUUUCAUCGAUGGCAGUGCAGAAUAUGCACUUGGAGAAAUCGUGCCGAGUGCACUAUGACUUCGGGGACGACGUGUGCGACCGGAUAAGGGACCUCAACACGACCGGUCUGGAGGCGGAGCUGAAUCAAGUGCAAGCGCUCGUGGCCACGGUGAUGGCUUGGAAGUUCCCUCUGCAGACGGCGAUACCGGCGGUUCUAGUUUUGUUCGUCGGCGCGUGGAGCGACAAGUACAAAAAACGGAAAAUCUGCAUACUCUUCCCGUUCGUCGGGGAGAUUAUAACGAACUCGGGACUACUUUUAGCGACGUACUACUUCAAGGAGCUGUCUCUACAGGCGACGGCUCUCAUAGAAGCGCUGCCGGCCGCGCUGACUGGCAGCUACAUAAUUAUUUUUAUGGGAAUGUACAGCUUCAUGGCUGACCGGACUACAGUGGAAAACAGGACGUUUCGUUUGGGGAUAGUGACGAUAUUUGUCAGUUUCGGGACUCCGACUGGAACGGCUUUGAGCGGUGUUCUGUUACGCGCACUGGGAUACUACGGCGUGUUUUCGUUGUUAUUGUGUUUACAUGUUUUUUCUUUUGUUUACGGUAUAUUCAAACUCGAAGAUGUGGUGACUGAGGAUAGUAAUGUGGUGCAAGAUGAGACAAACAGGAACAAGUGUGUGAAACUAUUCAGUGAUGUGUUCGGGCUCGUGUGCAAUACUGUUUUGGUUGCCCUGCGACCUAGAGCUAUGAAUGGACGUAUGCAAAUAUUUUUGGUCAUCGCUUUAUACCUCAUCAUGGUGGGACCACUGUAUGGUGACUCUCAAGUGAGCUACUUGUACGCCCGUCGCAAGUUCCAGCUCAACGAAGUGGAGUACAGUAUCUACGGAACUGUGAACAUCCUCCUUGGAUUAGUAGGAACGGUCUUCUGCAUAUCAGUCCUCAGCAAGCAGAUGAAAGUGCAGGACAGCGCUAUCGGCGGCCUCGCUGGUAUGAGCAGGAUAGCAUCUUGCUUCGUGUUUGCGUUUGCGCCGAACCGUUCUUGGUACUACUCGGCGCCAGUGUUCAACAUCUUCAGCCAUACUGGCCUGACUGCUGUAAGGUCUAUCGCCACGAAGAGUGUUCCUACUGAGGAGAUCGCAAAACUGAGCGCAUUGCUUGGAGUGACAGAAGCUCUGGCGCCUUCCAUCUACAUGCCAACUUCCAGCUACAUCUACAUCUCGACCAUAGACAACUUUCCUGGGGCAUUCUACCUGUUUGACGCUGCACUUACAAUUCUAGCUCUGGGAUUUUUCGCAAUGAUCUUCGUGCUGGUAAGAAGAAGGAACAAAGAUACAGUUACUGAUCCAAAGAAGAAAGAAGAGUUUGCCAGAACUAACGAAGUUUCGAGGUUUUAGUUCUUCCCAGUGUCAUAAAAACUGUAGAUUUUGCAACAGUCAAGUCUUAAGUAUGUAAAUACUAAAUACAAUAUGAUAGAGUGAGAUAACUAUAUUAUUAUGAUCUCGAAUUAUUUUGUCUGGUGGGAAUUUUUUGCUUAGUUCUCGACAUUUUCAAAGAAAAAAAUAGGUGUUAGUUUUAAAUGAUCAACUAUACCAUUAAUGAAUCUGCCACAAAGUUUAGACCAGUGCUGUCCAAACCAUGGCCCGCGGGCCGCGUGCGGCCCGCGGUUAGGAUUAUUGCGGCCCGUAGAAUCUUUUUUAUCUUCUGUAAUUUUUUGGAGCACCUCAAAUACAUGGACGAAAUAAGUAAUCGUCGAAUUUGAACGGCGUUUUGCAGAUUUAAAAAAAACGAGUGAUAUAGCACUCUUCACUCAUCCAUUAACGAUCGCAGUUGAGAGUGUGAAGAUUGAUUAUCAACUGGAACUGUGUGAUCUGCAAUCAGACCCCUUUUACAAGGGCAGAACUGAAACAGGACUUGAUUUUUUUUAAGCUCCUCGCUGAACGUUACCCGAAACUGACAUAUUUUAAGUAAAAUUUCCUCGAUUUUUGUUAAGAUUGAAGCAAGGAUCACUCAAUCCACAUGCACAUAAUUUCGGGCAAAAAAUGGGCUCGAUUAUCACCUUUGUGAGAGUGCAUAUUCUACAAUUAAGCUUAUUGGCCCUGGUCCUGGGUCCUAUCUAGUUUGGACACCCCUGGUUUAGACUAAGAUUAACAUAGAAAAAGUAGAAUCUUUUAAAGAACGAUAAAACCUUUAAUAACGAAAAUAAGCUCCAAAUAUGAUUCAGGCCCUUUAUGUUCAAGUGGGUCGUGGUGUGGGUCUGUCUACAUCCCGUACAGACGUCAGACAGGUCACGGUUGGCCACCAGAUCCAUCUGGAGAUAGGAUGAUGAUGCCAUCACCCUACGUGCUAUAUUUUCUUUACUUUUAUGGAAGAAUAAUAGGUAGCUUUAUAUUCCAACUUUAUACAAAUACAAUGUAAAUAAUAUUAUUAGCUAUAAUAAAUAACAAAAUAAGUUAGUAUAAGAAUUAUGUACUUAGUCUGCUUCUAUUAUUUUUUGCCUCUCCCAUAAAAUAACAGAACACCAUCCCAUUAACGUAAAAAUAUUUUAAUUACCGAUAUUUUGGCUAAGAUAAACAUAAAG